GGUGACAGGCGGGCCCCGGAGCGGCCGUGUCAGCGCAAGGCUGGUGCGGGGCUGGGUGAGCGGGGUGCCGCAGAGCUGCGGAGAGCACGCCCCGCCCCGCCCCCGCUCGGCAGGCUUAGACACCCGUGACUCGGGGGCUGCUCGCUCGGUUGCAGAGGCACAUCAUGUCCAAACUGAGGGUGUCCCGUGUGGGGCUUGGGAUACUGCUGGGUGCGGCUGCUGGGAUCGGGUUCUUGUUCUUGUACAAACAGAGGCGGAAAAGGCCCUGGUGGGGAGGCAGCUCCAGGCACUCUCUGGUUCAGCUCAUGCAGAACUCUGUGGGGCCCCAUGAAAAUGCAGAGACUCUGGGGCACCAUAACCAGGUUCUGCUUAUAAGACAAGCACCAAUGGAGGCUGGUGAUGGCAUUACAUACACCUCUCUUUUAACACGAGAAGAGCACGUGGAAGUGCUGAACCGCCUGGACUUUGUGCUGAAAAACAUUAUAGAGCUACGAAAAGAAGUGGAGGAACUGAAGAACAGCCUGCAGAGUUUAGCUGGGGAGAUCAGUGGAGAAGUCAAAUCCCACCUGGAAGAAACCCAGAAGGUAACUCGGCGGAGGCGGUACCCAUUUCCUAGAGAGAGGAGUGAUUCCACAGGGUCCAGCUCUAUUUAUUUCACAGCCAGCUCAAGAGGGGCCAAUACAGAUGAUGGUGAAAGUGAGGGAGGGUACACCACAGCCAAUGCAGAGUCUGAUUAUGACCGGGAGUCAGAGAGAGAGAGUGAGGAAGGAGAAGAUGAAGUGAGCUGUGAGACAGUGAAGAUUGCACGGAGGGAUUCACUGGACCUAGUCAAUGAGGAUGAAACUGUUUUGGUCUUUGACUCUACAAUGGAGGAAGAAUUUGGUCAACUGCUGCAGCAAGCUGACCAGCUGCAUAGUGGAAAUAACCAGGAGAAGAGGGAAGGAUUCCAGCUGCUGCAUAAUAAUAAACUGGUGUAUGGAGACCGACAGGAUUUUCUAUGGCGCCUGGCUCGAGCAUACAGUGAUCUGUAUGAAAUCACAGAGGAUGCAGACGAAAAGAAAUCAUAUGCUUCUGAUGGGAAAGAAGAGGCAGAGGCAGCCCUACAGAAAGGGGAUCAAAGUGCUGAGGGUCACCAGUGGUAUGCUAUUCUUUGUGGCCAGUUCUCGGAACAUGAAAGUAUUCAGAAGCGUAUUCAAGCUGGGUUUGUUUUUAAGGAACAUGUUGAUAAAGCAAUUGCCCUGAAACCAGAUGACCCCAAGUCUUACUAUCUUCUGGGCAGGUGGUGUUACCAGAUCGCUCAUCUGGGAUGGCUUGAAAGAAAGACUGCUUCUGCCUUGUAUGAAGCACCCCCUACAGCCACUGUCCAUGAUGCAUUGCAGAACCUUUUAAAGGCUGAAAAGCUGAGCUCAGGAUUUUCCAAAGCAGGAAGGGUGUACAUUGCUAAGUGCUACAGAGACCUGGGGAAUAACUCUGCAGCUGUUCAGUGGAUGAAUCUGGCUUCAGAGCUGCCAGUUAUCACAAAUGAGGAUGAAAAACUCAAGAGGGAGAUUGAGGAGAUGCAAGGAAUCUCAGAAGAAUAAGUAUUUUUUUAAAAGCCCAGUCCUCUGAUAACUGUGAACAGUACAAAUUCCAGUCUAAAGGAUUUCACAAUCCAGAUGAUCUUGGAUUGGGCUUCAUGGGCAAACCGCAGAUCUGACAAAGAACAAACCAAACUGCAGUUUCAACAGCACUUCCCUGAGGAGUUAAAUCUUGGCAGAGACUCACAGGACUAAACUCUAAUUCUGUUCAUCUGCCUGCCUGUUACACAGAUAUAGUCUAAUGAAUCCAGUGCUUGACCUGUUCAGUGCAGCAGCCAUCAACUUGAUUUGGAUUUUAGUUUUCCUCUAUGCCUUUGAUUUUAACAUUCACCCACCUACACUUCCCAAGAAGUAUUUUUUGCUCAACUUCCACCAGGAGAGGAAAUAAACAUGUGAAGUUCAA